AUGCCCAAAAUUCUCUGGAGGCCAGAUCUGCAUGAGGACCUCAAGCCCAUGAAAUCCAUCAAAGAAUGUAUAAAACUGCCCUAUUUUGCUCUGCGAUGGGGAGAACCAUACUGUCAAGACAUCCUCUACCUUCUCUCACUUUUACUCUCAGAAUCACGCAAGUUGCACGUUUUCGACCGUUACUGUUCUUCUCAACGAUCAACCAUGGACCUCUCGACCAUCGAAUACCAUCGCCAGUGCAACAUAGAGGUAGCACGUGCAGCUGAGGAACACGCUCUAGGAAUGCUGGGCAACGAUGAACUGAAAAUGAUACAAGCUGCGGCCACUCUCACCCAAAUGCGACGUCCGAUGCCAGUAGGCCUGGCAGUAAACCUCAUUGAGGUCCCACCUUUCCUUCCACCUUCACCUAAACGGAAGCGUGCUGAUGGGGACGAGGCUGACGGGGGAGCCGCACGUCCUCAUAAACGCCAACGUACUUCUGAAACGGAGAACGAGCUAGUGACACGAGAUGGUGGGAUCGCUUGGGAAGAGAAGGCGGAGGAGGAGAAACCAGCAGACACUGAGGGGUCGUCCAAUCCAGGGAGCAAGAAGACAGCAAACACACGCAGCUCGAAAGGUGAUGCUGCAAUCAAAAUGGAGGAAGAUCAGAUCCUACACAACAUUAGAGAAACUCUGACGGCUCGCUCAAAGGAGAAGGCGGACUAUGACGCCUUCUGGGAUGCGAUUUGCCCAGACAAUGGAUCGUCAGUGGACCUCCCACUGUUUACAGAAGAGGAUGAGGAGGGGAUGAAGAAGGGAUCCUCCAAGGGCGCCACCAAGCCUGUAAAGGCAGCAGUCCCCGCAAAGCUAGGAGAUCCUGGUGAUCUCCAUGCUUCCGAGAUUGUGUUGUGCAACCGCAUCGGUUUGGAUUAUGGAUCCUACCGAUGCCAAAAGAGGCGGAUCUUCCUGGCAAUUGCCAUCUGCACCGAGUUCUACAGCCGGCGAUUGGAACAACAGCCCACCUUCAGAGCCCGAACCAUCGGCGUGUCUCAGGGACAAGUCUUUUGCAACAUCGAUGUAAACAUUACCUCGUCAAUGAUGAGAGCGUUUAUGUUUUGGGGUUGGGUGCCACCGAUAGUCUACAAAGACCCCGAUCGCAAGGGUUGUGUUGUGGUGUCGAGAGAAUAUUUGGACCACUUUCCCAGAGAGCACCGCUUGGGAUUGCUUCGGGAGGUUGCCGUGUGGGAAGAGCAGAUGAAGAAGCCUUCGGCAGCUAGAAAGGCUCUCGGAUAA